CCCAGAUCUGUUACUAUCUCCUUCACGUUCCUGCGUUGCCCUCAUCCUCAUUGGCUUCCACAGUCUCUGGUGCAGCUUUCCUCACCUCUGUUUCUCCAUCAUAACACCCCCUGGCUAAAGGACACCCCCUGCCACACACACUGGGCAGCCCAGACUCACCCCUGAAUCCCUCCAACUGGUGCCAGGUCCACCGGAGAACGGCUCAACAUGCCUGAGCCCACAAAGAAAGAUGAUGGCCAACCUGAAGAGAAUGUUGCCCCAGUCUCUGGUGACGCCCCAUCUGAGAACUCGGUUGAGAUCACACCAAAAGAGGCUAAAGUGGCAACCAAAGACACAGAGGUCAUAGUGACUGUCACAGAACCAGAGGCAGCCGUACCCAUACCUGCUGCUGAGGCUCCACAGCCACAACCCAUAAUAAUUGUGGUGACUGAAAUAGAGCCAGUAGAGGGUGAGGUCACAGACACAGGGCCAAUAGUGACAGAGCCUGUAGAGAAUGGGCACAAUGAGCCAGAGCCAACACGGGCUGAGAAGCUUGUGGAGGUGACUGAGGUAAAAGAAGAGGAGCCCAGCACCUCAAAAGUUCCUGCAUCUUCACUGAAGAAGUCUGCUAAGACAAUAGUUACCCCAUUAAAAGAUAAAGAUGAUGAUGUCACCGCCAGCACCCCAUCACCUCCACCUCCAGCAGAGAAUGGCAGCACACCCAAGAAACUUUCUAUUGACCUUCCUAAUGAUAGCGACCCUGAGUCAACCAGGGGGAGAAAAGACUCAGUGUGGUCUCUGGGGGAUGGACUGCCUCCUGAGGACAUUGACAAACAGAUUGAUACUCCACCGCUCUCGACUCUGUUGAUCGAAAGGCCCCAGGGUGGCUCCAUCACUGUAGGUGGAGACAUCAGCUUUGUUGCUAAAGUGGAGGCCAAAGACUUGCUUCGUAAACCAACCAUUAAGUGGUUCAAGGGCAAGUGGAUGGAUCUGGCUAGCAAGACUGGGAAGCACCUUCAGCUUAAAGAAUCUUUUGAUCGCUUUUCCAAGAUUCACACCUUUGAGAUGCACAUCAUUAAGGCGAAGGAGAACUAUGCAGGGAAUUACAGAUGUGAGGUCACCUACAAAGACAAAUUUGAUAGCUGCUCUUUUGACCUGGAAGUCAAAGAAAUCCCUGAGGGUUCUCAGAGCAUUGAUAUUCGCUCAGCUUUCAAAAGAAGCAGUGAAGGCCAGGACGAUGCAGGCGAGCUUGACUUUAGUGGGCUUCUCAAACAUAGGGAGCACAAGCAAGAGGAAACUCCCGAUGUGGACGUGUGGGAGAUUUUGAAAAAGGCCCGACCUGAUGAAUAUGAGAAGAUUGCUUUUACGUAUGGCAUCACCGAUCUCAGAGGCCUGCUGAAAAGACUGAAGAAAACCAAAAAGGAAGAGAAAAAGAGUGAAGCAUUUGCCAAGAGACUGGAUCCUGCAUAUCAGGCGGACAAAGGCGGAAAGAUCCGGUUAAUUGUGGAUCUUGCUGACCCAACUGUGGAGUUAAAAUGGUACAAGAACGGACAAGAGAUCCGCCCUACUCCAAAGUAUAUCUUUGAGCAUAAAGGCACUCAAAGGAUAAUGGUUAUUAACAACUGUCAGAUGAGCGAUGACGCUGCUUACUCAGUCACUGCAGGAGAAGAGAAGUGCACCACUGAACUGUUUGUGAAAGAACUGCCUGUGAACAUAGUGAAAGAGCUGGAGCCCGUAAAAACCACAGUGAAUGAGAGAAUUGAACUGGAGUGUGAGGUGUCUGAGGAAGGAGCAAAAAUUAAAUGGAUGAAGAAUGGAGUGGAGGUUCCCACAGGAGUGCGAUCACGGUACCGUGUGAAAAGCGAGGGGACCAAACACUGGCUGAUCAUUGAUGACGCCUCAAAGGACGACACUGGCACCUACUCCCUAAUGGCCACCGGGGGCACCAGUCAGGCUCACGUUCAAGUCGACCUUAAGCCUCUGAAGAUUUUAAUGGAUCUUCAGAGUGUGACUGUGUUGUUGGGUCAGCCUCUUAAAUUGAACUGUGAGAUUUACCCCGGAAAUGUCCCGGGCCGCUGGUACAAGAACGGCCAGCUGAUCCAGCCUAAUGACCAUAUCAACAUUUUCCACAAAACCAAGAAUCACAACCUCGACAUUGAGAGCUCCACCAUUCAUGAUGCCGGCGACUAUACCUUUGUUCCUGAGGGAUACACACAGACGCUGUCUGCCAAAGUGCACAUCAUAGAUCCCCCCAAGGUGCACUUAGAGGCACUGAAUGUCCAGGACAACACGGUGACCAUUGUGGCCGGAAACAAACUCCGCCUGGAGAUUCCCAUCAGUGGAGAACCAGCACCCAGAGUGGUGUGGAUGAAGGGAGAAAGGGUCAUCCUUGAUACAGGAAGUCGAGUUCGUGCAGAGACAUUUGCAGACCACACCAGCCUAACUAUUGAUGUCACAGAAAGAGAAGAUACUGGAAACUACAAGAUCGUCCUUCAGAACGAAGCUGGAGAAGACACAGCCUGUGUUAAGGUCAAAGUUGUGGAUAUCCCAGAUCCCCCUGAGGCUCCUCUGGUUACUGAUGUGGGUGGAGACUGGUGCACUAUGACAUGGGAACCUCCACGCUAUGACGGUGGUUCCCCCAUUCUUGGAUACUUCAUUGAGCGAAAGAAGAAACAGAGCUCUCGAUGGAUGAGGCUGAACUUUGACCUUUGCAAAGAGACCACCUUCGAGCCCAAAAAAAUGAUUGAAGGUGUGCCGUACGAGGUGCGCAUCUUUGCUGUUAACGCUAUCGGUGUCUCCAAACCCAGUGAACCCUCCAAAUCUUUCAUUCCUCUGGCUGUGACCAGUGAACCCACAAUGCUGGUGGUGGAUGACGUCACAGAUAACACAGUAACUAUGAAGUGGAGACCUCCAGACACAAUCGGUGCCGCAGGACUUGAUGGGUACCAAAUUGAAUAUUGCAUUGAAGGAAGUAAGACUACACACAUAUAUGAUUUGAGGAAGUGGUUCUCAACUGGUGGCUGUUCAUGCCAUUUUGUACCUUAUGCAAUACUUUAUUUUACAGCUGACGAAUGGAUUCCUGCUAAUAAAGAGCUGACAGAAAAAACGAGGUACACUAUAACUGGUCUGCCAGUGGAGGCCAAGAUCUUAGUGCGUGUCAAGGCCAUAAAUGCUGCUGGGGCCAGUGCACCACGCACCACCCAACACUCCAUACUGGUGAAAGAGGUCAUCGAGCCUCCUAAGAUUCGCAUACCUCGACACUUGAAGCAGACGUACAUUCGAAAGGUUGGCGAAGUCGUCAACCUCGUCGUGCCAUUUGUGGGUAAACCAAGGCCAAAAGUCAACUGGUUGAAAGAGGGUCAGCCGAUUGAACAAACCAUCAGCAUUCGUAACUCGGAUUGUGACAGCAUCAUGUUCAUCCGCAAAGCUGAGCGCAAACAUUCUGGGAAAUAUGAACUGAGCGUACAAGUGGAGAAUCAUAUCGACACAGCCAUGUUGGACAUCCAGAUAGUCGAUCUUCCAGGCCCACCACAGGCUGUGAAGAUCGAAGAGGUCUGGGGGAAUAAUGUAGCACUGGACUGGAGCCCACCCAAGGACAGCGGCAAUGCACCCAUAACAGGCUACACCAUUCAGAAAGCAGAUAAAAAGACAAUGGAGUGGUACACAUGCGUGGAGCACUACCAUCGUACCUGCAUCACAAUCUCAGAUCUGGUGGUGGGUAACGAGUAUUUCUUCAGAAUCUACUCUGAGAACAUGGUGGGCUUAAGUGAAAAUGCUACUGCCACUAAAGACAGUGCUCUCAUCGUGAAGGAAGGCCUGCAACUGAAGAACCCACAGUAUAAUGACCGCGACUUCACCGAGCCGCCCACUUUCACUCAGCCGCUUAUCAACACCUUCGCCAUAGCUGGGUACAACGCCACCCUGAACUGCAGUGUGCGUGCCAACCCUAGGCCUAAGGUGAUCUGGAUGAAAAACAAGAUUACCAUCAUAGACGACCCACGUUACCGCAUGUUCAGCAACCAGGGUGUGUGUACGCUUGAGAUCCGAAAGCCCAGCCCGUUUGAUGGAGGGGUUUAUACCUGCAAGGCUGUCAAUGACCUUGGAGAGGCUCACGUGGACUGCAAACUAGAGGUCAAAGGAGGUUUUACGUUCUUUGAGCUGAUGAAGCGAGGCGUUCCCUUACACCUCAUUGAUAAGUACAUGAACGAGUCUAAGACCUCAGAGAAGUCCGAGUCAGAGAAGAAGGGAUCCAACUGAAGGCUGAUUCACUGAAUGAUUACCCAGAAAUCCCUGUCACUACUACAAAUAAUGGCAUAUGUGUCUUUGGCAUGGUAUGCUUUGUUCAGACAUGGAUCUAUAGUUAGAAAGUCUGCGUCUGUCACUGUGAAAUCAUGUAAAGCUGUGUUUUAAGAAUUGCCACUGAAACUCAGAUGCAUGCCUUUAGUAAACUGGAUUGUAGCUUCAAAAUAUACCACAAAUAGACAUUUUAUUGUGAAAGACAUUGAGCAGUCAGUUACAGAUACAGUAUGAUGAUGAUGCAGUUCAUUAACGUUUUUCUGGGUUUGGGAGACGAGGGUGGUCCAAAGUCUGGGUUUUGACGUUUCUGUCUUUCUUUUCCUUUCUUUUUUUCUGCCGUUUGACUUUACCCCUGAGUUUUUCAACCCCUUUCCAUCAUUCUUUAGUGAAUCUACUGAAAUACACCUAGAUUAGCAAUGUCAAUACUGUGCAACUGCAGAUCAGACAUCAGACAGAUAAGUCAGUGUCAGAGAGACAGGUUUGUCGAAGGUUGCUUGAUAGUACAUGCCAAUGUUCAUUUUAGCAUGACAGUUGAAUAAAUGUCUCUAUAUUAA